CGCGUCACUGCGGUUCUCUAUACCUGUCAAUUAGUGCUUCCAUGGACCUCAUCUGUAAUGGAAGCUCGUCGAGGAGUCUUGGUUUUCUCAACGUUUGGGAAGACAAGAAAAAUAACAAUAACAAAAGAAGUCCUUUUGGCUGUCACUGACAAGCUUCGAGCCACAACCAAAACAAAAGACAACGAUGAAGGUGACGAGAAAGACACUUUCUGGGGCGAGGUGUGUCAGGAGCUUGGAAUAUCCGAUUCCAAGACCAAUAGGACACGGCUUCAUCAUGCCUAUAAUCAUCAUAAAAAGAUGAGACACAAGACACAGAUGGUGACCGCAGCACCUGCCAGCCCAUCGACAGACAGUGACCACACGGCCUGCCCCAUCGACGGUGACCACAGUUCCACUGACAUUGACCGCACAGUGCCUGCUACCCCAUCGUCGGUUAGACAGGCAUUCACAGAGACGAGUGAACCAGAAGACGUUUCAGAGUGUAAUUCAUCAGGGACAUAUGACUCCUCAUCACACUCAAAAGAUGGGCAACUCUUACACUCAUUUAAAUUGCCUUCAAAUCCUUCAUUUUUUUUUGUCACUAAAAGUGACUGGAAGAAACUGAGGAUGAGACAACAUAAGCGUCGAUUCAAAUCUUUAAACUGGACUUCAGUCAUGGCCACUGGCAUCCGGAGUGUCCACCCACACUGUUGCUUUGUCUUCAAAUCUCACAGUGUGCAAACAGUUGGGUCAAAAAGGAAAGGGUCACUUUUUUCAUGUGUUGGCUACUGUCGAUUUGAUGACUGUCCUGUGGAGGUCGAAGUUGACAUUGAGGAUGAGUCAUCCCUUAAGGCAGUUGUGACCUUCAGAGGUGAAAAAGCAUGGCACAACUGUGAAGAACUCAAACAUCGGCCUGUGCGUGCAGAUGAAAGGGAUGCACUUGCUAAUGCCCUCACCAGCAAACUUCCCAGAAGUGUGUACCUUGAUAAGCUCAAUAAACUGGAUGACACUGUGUUGGCUUCUGGAAACAGAGACCAGGUACCAUCAACUGGUGUGAUGAAAACAUUGUCCUGGCAGGCAAGAAAGAAGCUGAGAAAGCACAGCAAUGAAAUGAUCAGCCUCAGAAAAAUGAUGGAGGAAGAGCUUGAGACUGAGGAAGCAGUCAUUAAAAAAAAUUAUAGCACACCCCAAAGGAGUCAUGCUAUGGUCCAACAAAACAAUUGA